GGGGGAUCUUGCGGAAGUGACGUCAGAGCAGGUCAGCUGAUCUGUGCUGAAGGGGAAAGAUGUCGACGGUGAGCUAUCCAAGGAUGGAGGCUGCUUUUGUCGCUGUGCUCGCUCUCUUUCUCGUUGCCACCAAUGGUGUACAUGGAAACAGCCUGACAAUUCUCCAAGCUCCAGAGUUUGUCUCCUUCCAAAAAGGUGACUGGCCAAUAUCUGGAGAGAAGGUCCCAGACCUGGUGGCUUUAACUAUGGGCUUUUCUGUUCAGGAGGAGCUGUCCUGGCCAGGCCUUCAAGCUGGGCCAUUAUUUCAGCGUCCCAGAGCAAAUGUCCUUGUUGUAGUGAGAGGAGCUGAUAACCUCUCCCUGCCUCAGAAUGUUGCCAGUUAUCCCUUGGAGAAUGCUGUCCCCUUUACUUUGGAUAAUGUUGCAGAGACCGUUCACUCUCUGUUUGCUGAGGACACUCCUGUUGUGUUGCAGCUUGCACCAAGUGAAGAAAGGCUGUAUAUGCUUGGUAAAGCUAAUGCCGUGUUUGAAGACCUACCAGUCACUCUGCAGCAAAUUCGUGCCCGUCUCUCCCAAGAAGGCUCAGUGCUGGCUUCUUUGCCACUGAACUCUCUCAGCAGAAAUUCAGAGGCGGAUCUGCUCUUCCUUUCUGAGGUCCAAGUGCUCCAUGAUAUUACAGCUUUGUUGCAGAGACAUAGACAUUUAGCCAAGGACCACUCUCCUGAUCUGUAUUCCCUGGAGUUGUCUGGCCUGGAGGAGCUGAGCAGGCUCUAUGGAAAAGAAUCACCUCAGUACAAGGAUGCCACUGCUAUUCUUUCUUCCAUCUUACAAAAGUUUGCUGAAGAUGUGUACAGUCUCUAUGGCAACAGUGCGGUGGUGGAAGUUGUGACUGUGAAAACCUUCGAGGCCCCUUUGACCAGAAAGUCUCGUUCUAUCCUGGAAUCAAAGCAGAUUAGCAACCCAGGCAGCCCUUAUAACCUGGCUUAUAAAUAUAACUUCCAGUAUGCUGUUGUGUUCAACAUUGUCCUGUGGCUAAUGAUUGCUUUGGCUCUUGCUGUCAUUGUUAUUGCAUACAACCUAUGGAACAUGGACCCAGGAUAUGACAGCAUAAUCUACAGGAUGACCAAUCAAAAAAUCAGGAUGGACUAAGUUCUUAUCGUUGUGAUCUAUAUUUACAUUGUUCACUUUGAAUGUUUGUGUUGUGUGUGAAGUUUUGCC